AUGACUGAGGACAACUACUCCUUGACAACAGAGUUCAUCCUGGUGGGAUUCUCAGAUCACCCAGACCUGAAGACCCUCCUGUUCGUGGUGUUCUUUGUUAUCUAUCUGGUCACCAUGGUGGGGAAUCUCGGGCUGGUGGCCUUGAUCUACAUGGAGCGCCGUCUCCACACACCCAUGUACAUCUUUCUGGGCAACCUGGCUCUCAUGGAUUCCUGCUGCUCCUGCGCCAUCACUCCCAAGAUGCUACAGAACUUCUUUUCUGUGGACAGAAGGAUUUCUCUCUAUGAAUGCAUGGCACAGUUCUAUUUUCUCUGUCUUGCUGAAACUGCAGACUGCUUCCUCCUGGCAGCAAUGGCCUAUGACCGCUAUGUGGCCAUAUGCAACCCACUGCAGUACCACACCAUGAUGUCCAAGAAGCUCUGCCUUCAGAUGACCGCAGGAGCCUACACAGGAGGAAACCUGCAUUCCAUGAUUCACAUAGGGUUCUUGUUCAGGUUAACUUUCUGCAGGUCUAAUGUAAUCAAGCACUUUUUUUGUGAUGUCCUUCCAUUAUAUAGACUCUCCUGUGUUGACCCUUAUCUCAAUGAAUUGAUGAUACUCAUCUUUUCAGGAUCAGUUCAAAUCUUUUCCAUUACUAUAGUCCUGAUAUCUUAUUUCUAUAUCCUUUUCACUAUAUUCACAAUGAAAUCUAACGAGGGAAGAAUCAAAGCCUUAUCUACUUGUGCUUCCCACUUUCUGUCUGUGUCAAUAUUCUAUGGGUCUCUUCUCUACAUGUAUAUUCGACCAAGUUCAUUCAACAAAGGGGAUGAAGACAUACCUGUUGCUAUUUUUUAUACUCUAGUAAUUCCUUUAUUAAACCCUUUUAUUUAUAGUUUGAGAAAUAAGGAAGUAAUAAAUGUGAUUAAAAGAACCAUGAAGAAGAGAUGAUUCUGUAAUGUUGUGAGACAAUCUUCUCCCCUGGACAAUUUAUUUCCACUGGAUAUUACAAUUCUCCAAAACUAAGGGUACAGAGAAAGUAGAAAAAUGACAGAAAUAAACAAUGUUACUGAAUUAGGCCAUUUGAAUCAAAUUAUUUUGAAAAGAAAUAUUCUGAUAAAAUUUACUUCUACUAUCUAAUGAACUGGGACCAAUUUGAACUUUUAAGAUUGUUCAUGAAUGUGACAGUUUUUGAAAUAUCCAGUAAAUUUAAAGGAUAAAAUUUAGUAUAUAUAAGGUCAUCUUCACUUUACUGUUGUCAAAUUUCUUGAUCCCAAGGCACAAUCAGCAUGAAUCUCAGGAAGUUCCCAGAUAUGAAUCCUGUUUUCAAUAACACUGUUAUUGGGUAGUUUAACUUUACAUUGGUAGGUGGUGUUUUUUAUCUGACUUUAGAUAUUUAAGAUAGUAUUCAUGAACAGUCAUUCACACAGAGUGGAUGGUCUAAUUGUAUUUCAUAUUUGGUAUGUACAGUUUUACUCUCAUUCUAUGAAGUAGACUAUUUGUAUU